UUCCCGGCCUGUCCAUUUGCACGAAGAGGUGACGUUUGCGCAGGAUCGAUUCAUUGCACAACUUUAGGUCAUCAUGGCCGAAUCGAAGUCAUGAUGAGCCGCCGCGACGGGGGUAGAAGAAGAGCGGCAUGAUUGGUGCAUCGCAGCUAGGUGAAGCCAGGUUCGUCUCUGUUUCGCCGGAUGGGGCUGACAGGGUUGGAGUCGUCGCGCUCGAGUAUUGUCGUCAUCCUCAGGAAGGCCGGCCGCGAUUUUCCAUAUACCCCUGGCUUCGAUUGCAAACGGGCGUCGAAUGGGACCCAAGGGCGACAAGGAACGUGGAAAACGCAAAAACUAACCUUCGAAAAAUUCAAACUUUCUUUUCCAACCGAAACUUCUUCCGUCAACAACAGCGACAACCUUCAGCGUCUUCCGACUUCAGCCCGACUGCGACCCGAAAUAACAGAUACCCGGCAAGGUGGUUUUAGUAGCGAUGUGGAACAAGGUAGAGGAAAGGGAGAGGAAGGCGAGAGAGCGAGCAGGGAGUUAUCUAUUGAAAAUGGGAACCACACAAAAUCCUCACCGCACGGGCGGAUUGGGAAAGUGCAGCUACUUUUUGCUACCUGGCCCUACCGUCCCUUGCCCUUUCCUCGUCCUCCGCUGCUCCUUACUCGAGGACAAAUAGACGUCGGAGCCCGCGGCAAUUGGUCCGUUUGGUGUGGGGCAAAGUAUCUCAAAGUACCGACUAAGGAAGCUAACCCAUUCUUUUGGCUAGAAUGGCACUGGAUGGGAACGGCUGGACCGCCGUGUCAGUGGGCCAGCCCCCCUCCAUCACAAUGAACGUGAACGAGAACCUGGACCCGGAACAUCUCGUGCAAACCGGCUGGCCCUCGGCUCGCUGGAGGGUAAAUCAAAGUGGAAAGGUGAGAAAUAAAAUAAGAA